AUGCCCGAAGACACCAACACCACCAACCUGCAGGCCCAUGUGCCCAAACUUGGCAAGGUGCUGGCUGACCCCGCAAAGCCCUUGGCUGAACGUUUUCGCGCGCUCUUCACCCUCCGCAACAUUGUCUGCCCAGAAUCUGUUCAAGCCAUUGCUGCCGCCUUUGAGGAUGAUUCCGCCCUCCUGAAGCACGAGUGCGCUUACGUGCUCGGUCAGAUGCAGGAUCUCAGCGCCAUCCCGCUCUUGACCAGCGUUCUCGAGAACAAACAACAGGAUGCCAUGGUCCGACACGAAGCUGCCGAGGCCUUGGGUGCCAUCGGUGAUGCUGAAUCAAUCGCCGUGCUUACUCGCUUCAAGGAUGAUGAGUCGGUUGAAGUCGCCGAAACCUGCGAGAUUGCGUUGGAUCGUAUCGCUUUCAAGCAACAGGCAAAGCAGGCUGAUGAGCUCUCCCCGUCCGGUGGAUACUUGUCCGUGGAUCCUGCGCCCCCCGCCCCAGAGGCCGACAUCGCCAGCCUGCGCGAUCAAUAUCUGGACACCUCCCGAAGCCUCUUUCAGCGCUAUCGUAGCCUCUUUGCCCUCCGCAACAUUGGCAACACCGAGGCCGUUGAAGCCAUCGUUGAGGGCCUCAACGACUCGAGUGCCCUCUUCCGACACGAAGCCGCCUACGUGUUGGGUCAGAUGCAGCACCCAGCCUCGGUCACGGGCUUGGCUGAGCGAUUGAAGGAUGUGUCCGAAAACUACAUGGUGCGCCAUGAAUGUGCGGAAGCGCUUGGCUCAAUUGCUUCUGAUGAGGUCCUACCCUUGAUCAAGGAAUUUGCCAAGGACGAGGCAGUGGUGGUCAAGGAAAGCUGCGAAGUUGCACUGGACAUGGCUGAGUAUGAGGCCUCUGGCGACUUUCAAUACGCCAAUGCCAUCGUGGCCAAUGAGGACCAGGACCAUGAGUAA